UCUCCAUGACAACAUACAUCCACAAAGCAUUCUGGGAUAUCCCUUAAGCCAAGGUCCAUCUGGCAGCCUGCCUGAGACUGUUACUGGUGCAUGUGGUGAAGAAGCUUCAAAACCAGAAAGCACAAUGGCGACAGGCAAGAUGGCCACAAUAUCCAGCCAUGUUAAAAACCUGAUAAAGAAAGAGCCACUUCUCUCCAUCACCAAAAUAAUGAGAUACUCAGAAUCAUCAGAAGACAAUAGCAGCAGUAGUGUCUCCUCCAGCUCAUCCUCUAGUUCAGAAUCAAGCUCAGAUUCUGGGAGUACAUCUUCUGAAAGUCCACCAAAUGUUUCAAGAAUAAAUAAGACAUUAGCUAUCUCUUCCGAUAGUAAGAGUAAAAUUGAUGCCUCUCCUAUGCCGGGCAUUCAUAACUUACCAGUCUUUUUAUCCAAUACACGUCAAAAACAAAACAAAAGGAUUUUGAGAAAACAAAAACAGCAAAAUUUAAAACAAAAAAGAAAACCAAACCGCAGUCAGCAAGUCAGCAUAACCCGUUAUACCAAUAAGGAUGAUGAAGCAGGAGGGGUCCCUUUUUCCCCUGAAAAGUUAAACUUGGCUGUAAAAGGGGGAUGUUUAAAAAUUCUGGAAGAAUGUCUGCUCUGUCACAUCCCAGCCUGCAAGGCCUGCCAGAGAUUAAAUGAAUAUGUGGACACAGGUUCAUCAGGAGUCCUGGUUCCACAUAAUAAGAGGCAAAGAACUUUUACUCCAAAUGACCUGGAAAAAUGUAAUGUACCAAAGCCCAAGCUGGAGAACACACCACUUGAUGGAUGGAAAUAUGCGGAAACAAGGUCACUAGAUUUUAUAAGAAAUUGCCCAAAACAUCAAAAUGCCACUAAAAACUAUGCUAAGACAAUUACAGAGCAUUCUGAAGACGGACAAAGUGGCCCUGGGACAACAGUAAAUAAUGACACAUUUUGGUGCAGUUCCUCAGGGAACACAUCCCACAAAACAAGUUUUGCUGAAAUACAACCAACGAAAAUUGUCAUUGACAAACAUAUUGACAAUUGCAACAGGGUUGUUCGGAAACUGAAAUUAACACAGUCGGAAGAUGCCAUGAAAGAACUUGGAGCAUUCAAAUAUGCAAGGGAAGAGCCUGUUAAACAGUCAUACAAUGUAAUGUGGAAACAUUCCCUAAAAGAACCAUCACAGAAUAUCAACAGCAAAUAUGCAGAAGAUGAAAAAAGGAUAGUGCAGAAACUUGGUAGAGAUAACAAAAUUCCCUUUAAGGACAACAAGACUAUUUGCUGCUAUAAUGUACCAAAGAAGAGGAAGAAUGACAAUGUUUUUGGAACAACUAACAGAGAUACUCAUCUCUACAUGUCAGACACGAAUGAAAUGGAGGAAAAAGUAGUAAAGGCAAUGGCCAAGCAUUUUACACGGAGAGAUCAAAAUAAAUCUGUAAAAAUCCCAAGGAAGCUGGAAAGCAAGUGUAUUAACCUGUGUCAAGGAGAGUCCAAAUGCACUGCUAACCAAGGCAUUCCAAGAGUCAAGCAAAUGGAUUCAAUAGUCUACAAGGUUAAGAAACCUCAAACAUACAUUAUAGAUGUGUAGUCAUGUAAACGUGCAAUCCGAACCUGGAUUUAUUCAGCCAAAAAUGAAUCCAUUCUGGUUUCCACCAUUAGCCUUCCAAUUACAUGUAGAUAAAUGUGGCAGGGGACUUCAGCUACCAUAGUCUGAAUGGAUCUCUUGAUAAUGUAACAAUGUCACAUUCCCUGAUAAUUACACCUUUUUGCAACUCUG